UUCUUUUUUUUUCUUUUCUCUCACUAUCCCUCCAAAUCUCUCAAUCCAAACAUACCCUAAAGGAUGAAAGUUCACACGAAGAAGAAGACGCACAAGAAAACGAAGAAAUUGAAGAGGAAGUAAUAGAAUUGGAAUUUGAGAGGGCGGUAGAGAAGCUGGACACGCAUACAAUGUAUUGCCCUAAUUGUAAUUCUUGCAUUACCAAGGUUAUUCUUCGUAGCAGAAAACGGAUAGCCAAUAUUGUGCAACAUCCCAAGCCAGUUGAUCUGUUGGGAUGCUUGUCAUGCUUCAGUUUUUUCAUUCCUACAACAGAAGGAAAAAACAUGUUAUGCCACAAGCUCUGCAAUGAUCAUGACACAAUAUUUGAAGCUUUCAAGUGAUGCUCAAAGCCUCAAAACUUUAUGGGGAAGCUUUACUUGGAAUGAGAUAAUUUUUAAUCAAAACCUGCCCUACAUCAGUGAAUUUUACAUGGAACAAACACUGCUAGUUCCUUAUUUCUUGACUAAUUAAAUGUGUAGAGCAUUAGAGGUCAUAUUACCGAUAAGAUCUUUAAUUAAUUUCUUUAAUCAUGCAGGGAGUGGUUUUAAUCCAUUUUGGAUUUUUGGGUAUGGAAGAAAGAAUAAGAACACACAAAUUUGUCAACAAAUACCUUCUGCAGAUGAAAAUCUUCCCUCGUCUGAUACUGCAUAUGAGAAGGAAAAAAUGGUGAUUGAUAAAGAAAAUGAUCAUAAGCAGCAUAUGAACAAAAAUGAAUUUGCGGCACCAGAUCCCUCUCAUAUCUCGAAUGAAGCAUUACCUGAUUCAUUGCUUGGCCAAACAAUGAGGAAUAAUGGAUUUUAAGUGGUGUGAUCCCUGAAUCUUCGAAAGCCAGAGAACAUGUUGGAACAGCUACAGAUUGAGGACUCAUGCCACCUAGGGAUCUGAUAAUCGAUCUAGGAGUGGAAUCAGAUGAAAAACCCAUGAAAGGGGCUGCACUUCCCACAAAACCAGAAAGUGAAAUUAAAGAGACAAAGAAUGUUGAAGCCAAAAGGCCUGAAGUCUAAUGCAUCAGGAGCUGAUGCAACAAUGCUUGAAGCAAGGCAAGUCAAACCAAGAGAGUUUCACAGCACACAGCAUAUUACUGUUCAUCCAGCAAAACCAAUAGCUGUAAGUGAAAGAAAAGGUUCUAAAACAUUGGAUAUCCUAAAGAGCAUUGUCUAUGGCGGUUUAGUGGAAUCAAUUGCAAGCCUAAGUGUUGUGUCAUCUGCCGCAGCUGCUGAUGCUACUACAUUGAACAUUGUAGCUUUGGGAUUGGCAAAUCUGAUUGGUGGACUUUUCAUCAUUGGUCAUAAUGUGUCUUAUGGAACUCAAAAAUGAUGGUCCUAAAGGCACCUCAAAUGAAAGAAAUGUAGAAGCAGAUCGGUACCAAGAACUACUGGGAAAUUGAGGAUAUUUCUUACUUCAUGCAACAGUUGCGGUGUUAUCAUUCCUAGUUUUCGGCCUAAUCCCUCCUGUAACAUAUGGCUUCGCAUUUUGGAAGAGUAACAAUAGGGGCCUAAAGCUCGUGGCAGUUACCGCGGCUUCUCUUCUGUGCAUUGCUAUACUAGCAUUUGGAAAGGCUCACAUCCGAAGGCCUCCCAAGUCAUACAUCAAGACUGUACUGUACUAUGCCUGUAAUGUCAUUUUGGUCUCUGAAGUUUCUUACGUGGUAGGCGAUCUAAUCAAGGAACUCAUGGAGAAGCUCGGCUGGUUCGAGUCAAUUAACAAUUGUCACUUGCAUGCUUUUAUCACUUUACUCUUCCUUGGUCUUCUGAACUAGGAGGCAGUGUGGAGGACCUAUUUCGUCAUAAUAAUUAAUUGAAUGAUGUUCAAUUCUUCAAGUUGAUUGUUGAAUUUGAAGGGUAAAUCAGAUACUGUCAUUCACAUUGUUUUAACAUCGUAGUUUUUUAUAUAAAUUUUUUAUGAUGGCCUUCUCACAA